AUGGCUACCCCGCUACUGCCCAUUGGACAAGGAAUAUACAUCAGCGAAGCCCAUGCGAAUACCCCAGGAUUUGACGGAGCGUCACAGCCAACGGUCGUUUUAAUCUUCGGAUGGAUGGGCGCCAAGUUGCCACAUCUCUUGAAAUACACACAAGUUUACGAUUCCAUAUACCCCAAUGCAACGAAAGUGCUCAUACGGUCAGAGCCGGGUUUUUUUUGGAGUUUUCAAAAUGCACGGAAAGUAUACCUCAAACCCGCUGUCGAUUUUUUGGAAGUGCUAGGAUGUAUACCCCCUCUUAGAAACGCGACCAGGGUGACACAAAAAGCACCGACAGAGCAGAAGAUACCCACCACUCAACCGCGUAUCCUGGUGCAUGCUUUCUCCAACGGUGGAGCCGCCCAACUAUCGACACUGAGUGACAUUUUGACUGACCGUUCAACCCCAUACGCAUCCGCACCUCCACUAAGCGCGGUCAUCCUCGACUCGUGCCCUGGCAGGGGCGGGAUCGAAGUCACCCGGCGCGCUUUUGCAACCGCCGUGCGCAACCUCAUCCUGCGGUGGCUACUAGCCAACAUCUACGCCGUUCUGGCGCACUGGAUCUUCGGGAAGGAAGCAACAAUUUUCAAGAUGAGAACGACGUUGAACAAGUGCCUGCUACUUCCGUGGUUUAGUAAGCAUACCCCGAGGUUGUAUCUGUACUCACAGGCGGAUGAGAUGGUCCCGUGGACAGAGGUGGAGGAACAUGCGGAGGAGGCGAGGAAAGCGGGGUUAGAUGUGAGGAUGGAGAGAUUCGAGGGGUCACCGCAUGUUGCGCAUGCCAGGACUGAUCCAAAGCGAUACUGGGGCGCGGUGAAGAAGGUCUGGGAGGAUGCGACAUCAUCUUCUGCGGAAGGUCUCGAGCAAGAAAGACGACUUCUUUGA